CGCCCAGUAGCAGUUCCUGAAAUGUUUCCAACACGCAGCGGACUGGCACCUCAGUCUCUUGCAGAUUCAUAGAGGGAAUGCAUUCUUCACAGGCAUAGUCGCAGCACGCGCUGGCAGGUGAGGUCAUCAGCGAUCGAUUUUGUGCAUUUAAGUCUAAGGAUACGGCAGCGGUUGAAAUGGAGAAAAUAAUACCGGUUACAAUGACAACGACGAUAACGACAUCGACUAAAAAACGGCCGUGGCUUGCCUCUGCAACACCCUGCUUAGCUUCACUCGCAUCAAUCUUCACUCACCGUCCGUGCCUUUAGAGCCUUUCGCCUGUCUAUAAUGGUCUUUUCAGCCAAUCCGUUCCCUGUGCCACCACAUAUCAACUUCAUCACUUUUUUCGUCAGGGAUUUUGCGUUCACUGACCUCAACUCCGCAUAUUCGCCUCUCUCAUACUUGACAGGCUUCGUCGCCAAAGUCGGUCAAGCUGAAAGACUCAUACUUAUAUCAUGGCCGACUUCACACGCAUCAAAUGACAGCAUGUUCAAUCUUCAACAAUGCGAGACUGGCCUCAAGUCUGACUCAACCCCGCCACCUUCGUAUUUGGGGGUUAAUGUUUUAAGAAGAGCUGAGCAAGAGAUCAUUGAAGCCUCCCCUCGGUACAUCAGACCAUCUGAUACCUUACUCUAACUGAGGUUCAGGAGUGGCUGAAGAACAUGGCUGGAUAAGGACUGUCAGUUUGAUGUUGUACUGGGCACGCCGCGAGCUCAUGAUAUCUUGUGGUGAAUGACAGAAGACAGCACGCAUCACCGAGCCGCGCCGCCAAGUCUUCGGAGGUCUUAGUGGGGUUAUCGUUGGUGGGGGUGCUUGGCGUUUGACCAGG